GCGCAUGCGCACGUUCCGCGCGCGGACUUCAGUCGUGACGUCAGGCAGUGCGCGAUCGGCGGUGGCGGGAGAUUCUCCGGUGUUUUGUUCGCGGUCGUGUUCAGGAGAAAACGUUAGCAAGUAAAAUGUGGAACCAAGGUAAAUACGGCGAGGCCAGUAUGGUUGGAUACACACAGUCUCCAGGAGGGUUCGGGUCUCCAGCCGCUUCUCAGGGAGGAGAGAAGAAAGGGAGAAGUCGAGCGCAGCAGAUCGUCCCCUGCACCGUGUCCCAGCUGAUGUCUGCGCUGCAGGCGGAGGACGUCUUCAAAGCCGGAGAGGUAGAGAUCGCUCAGGUAACUAUUGUUGGUGUGAUCAGAAGCACUGAUAAAUCCACAAUCAAUAUCCAGUAUAAGGUGGAUGACAUGACGGCCGCUCCCAUGGAUGUGAAGCAGUGGAUCGACACAGAGGACAUGGGUGUGGACAACUCGGUCAUUCCUCCAGGCUCUUACGUCAAAGUCUCCGGCAACCUCCGCUCUUUUCAGAAUAACCGGUCUUUGGUAGCGUUCAGCGUCCGAGUGCUGGAGGACAUGAAUGAAGUCACUUCACACAUGCUGGAGGUUGUGAAUGCUCAUAUGCAGCAGAGCAAACCACAGGGCACGAUGGGAGGAGGCGUGGGAACGAACAUGAUGCCCGCGGCGCACACUAGCAUGAGCUCCACAGGAAGCUACUCUGGCGCUAGUAUGAUGCUAGUCAAUGGUUUGAGUGCUAACCAGAACCAAGUUUUGAGUCUGAUCAAGAGCUGUCACGAGCCUCAAGGCAUCAGCAUGCACGACCUCAAGCAGAAGCUGAGCAGCAUGAGCAUCACUGUCAUCAGGCAAAUUGUGGAUUUUCUCAGCAACGAGGGACACAUAUUCUCCACGAUCGAUGAAGACCACUUCAGGUCAACGGACAACGAGGUCUAAUGACUGAUGUGCAUUUCUUUAAUAAACCUGUUCAUUGUCUACAUAGUGUUCACGAGGAAAAAAAUAUAUAUAAUAAUUUCAGUUAGUUUUGGUAUUUUAAUAAAAGCACUCAUUUAAAGCCAUUUUCUUUUGAGUUCAGCAUGCUGU